AUGGACCGCGGCCGCCCCUCGGGCAGCCCCCUGGACGCCAGCGCCGAGCCCGCGCCCCAAGCGGCGGCGAACGCGGCUCGGGAGCGCAGCCGCGUGCAGACCCUGCGGCACGCCUUCCUUGAGCUGCAGCGCACGCUGCCGUCCGUGCCUCCCGACACCAAGCUGUCCAAGCUGGACGUGCUGCUCCUGGCCACCACCUACAUUGCGCACCUCACCCGCAGCCUGCAGGACGACGCAGAGGUGCCGGCCGAUCCCGGGCUGGGCGCCCUGCGCGGCGACGGCUACCUGCACCCGGUCAAGAAAUGGCCCAUGCGAUCAAGAUUAUACAUUGGUGCUACUGGUCAGUUUCUGAAGCAUUCUGUCUCUGGAGAAAAAGCAAGUCAUGGCAACACUCCAGCGGACUCACAGCCUUAG